UAAGACAGAAGUUUGGUGGUCCCUUCAAUAAUAACAACGAUACUAUAGCAACAUCGAUGUCACUCGCUCUCCAUGUGCUCCCAUUUAUUGAAUCGCUAGGUCGUCCUUGGAGAACAACCACCAUUUUCCCUGCAAACAUCCAUUAGAAAGGCAUAGCAUCCUUUCUACAAUGGCUGCUCAACCAUCUCUUUGCAACGGCCCCCCUCCAAUGGAGCCUCAAGAAAAAAAUGGUGCGGAUCCAAGAGCUCCUACAAGCUACACCGACCUCACCUCAACACUCCCUUUAGAGGAAGGCUGGGCCAUACGCCUCCGAAAAUACCAAGGCUUUUGGUUCCCACAACAAAUUCUCCCCGGCAGCAUGGCCAUGCAGCAAAACUUCAAGGCUCGCCCCGACGACGUGUUCGUGCUGAGCCACCCCAAGUCCGGCACCACCUGGCUCAAAGCCCUCACCUACGCCAUCGUGACACGAACCAAAUACCCUUUCGAUCGCCACCCUCUCCUCAGCCAAAAUCCUCACGAGUGCGUCCCUUUAAUGGACAGAAGCUACUCCACAGGCCAAGAUUCAGAAAUAGAAGCCAUGCCAUCUCCUCGUAUCCUCAACAGUCACCUGCCUUACUCUCUCUUACCACAUUCCAUCAAGAGCUUAGAUUGUCAGCUGAUAUAUGUCUGCCGGGACCCCAAGGAUGUGUUGGUCUCCCGGUGGUUCUUCAAUAAUAGGAUGAGAUCGGAAGGUAUGGAGCCAAUUCCAUUUACCAAGGCCUUUGAGAUGUUCUGCGAGGGCAACAGCCCCUACGGGCCGCUGUGGGAGCAUGUUCUCGAGUACUGGGAGGAGAGCCAGAGGAGGCCGGACAAGGUGCUGUUCUUGAAGUAUGAAGAGAUGUUAGAGGAGCCGAUGAGGAUCGUGAAGAGGUUGGCGCAGUUCGUGGGGUGUCCCUUCACUCCAGAGGAAGAGAAGGAAGGGGUGGUGGAGGAGGUCGUAAAGCUGUGUAGCUUUGACAAGAUGAAGAGCUUGGAGGUCAACAUCUCGGGGAAACUGCGUCCCGAGUUCGUCACCAAUGAUGCUUUCUUCAGAAAAGGAGGGGCAGGGGAUUGGAGGAAUCACAUGGAUCCGGAGAUGGCGCGGAAGCUGGACCGUGUCACCGAGCAAAAGCUUGAGGGGUCCGGUCUCACCCUCAAUGCUGUGGGUGUGGAAGCGGCGGCCACCAUUAAUGCUGAUGUCCAAGCACAAGUCUAGCCGCAGUUGUUUGUAAUCCUUCCUUUUUUUUUUUUUUUUUUUUUUUUUUUGACCUUUAGCGGCUUUGGCUCGGCUCUUGCUAUCAACUUCUGUUUGUAGGUGUGAAAGCCCUGUUAGUUCUGCCAUCAGCGUCUCUUCCGGGUGGUUUUGUCCCACGCUAUUAAUAAUGCAAGAUUUAUUUGUU